GCCAAGCCCAGGAGCCGAAAGAGAGAGAGAGAGAGGAGAAGGAAAAGUUUGCCAAAUGGAUUUCUUUGGAGGAGUCAGAUCUUUAUUAUUUUCAUAUGUUCUCAUUAACGGUAUACUAAUUACAAUACAGACUAAAGAAGAGGUUCUUUUGGAUAUGAGGGCAACAGGAGGUGAACUGGGCUGGUUGACAUGGCCCUUAGAUCAGGGAGAGAAGCCUGGGUGGGAGGUUGUCCAGAGGACUCUGAAUGGGUCUCAGCUCUAUACCUACUCCGUCUGCAAUGUUGGUGAACGUGAGCAGGACAACUGGCUGCGCACCACCUUCAUCCAGCGGCGUCCGUCAGCUUCGCGGGUUUUUGUUGAAAUCCAGUUUAUUGUACGUGACUGCAACUCUUUUGACGGUGCCUCACUGACCUGCAAAGAAACCUUCAACCUCUUCACGUCUGAGUCGGAUGCAGAUGUGGGGACUACCUUCCGCAAGGGCCAGUUUAAGAAGGUGGCCACCAUAGCUCCUGAUGAGAUCACCAGCAAAAACGAACUGCGCAUCAACACAGAGACGCGAGUGGUGGAAAACCUGUCUCGAAAAGGCUUCUACUUGGCUUUUCAAGACAUCGGAGCCUGUGUUGCACUUCUCUCUGUCAGGGUCUACUACAAAACUUGUCCGGCCACGGUGAAGAGUCUUGCAUCGUUCCCUGAGACCGUGGCUGGAGGUGAAAACCAGGCUCUAAGGGAAGUGAACGGGGUGUGCGUGAAUAACGCAGUCAGCGAGGAGCUGCCUCGCAUCUACUGCACUGUGGAUGGGGAGUGGGUGGUGCCAGUCGGACAGUGCCAGUGCAAACCAGGCUAUGAGGAAGUCAAAGAUGUGUGUCAAGAAUGUCAGCCUGGCUUCUUCAAAGCUGCAGCAUCCAGUGACAAGUGUAUGCCGUGUCCUGCCAACACCCAGGGGCUGGACUCUGGGGCUUUGUUUUGUCCCUGCAUGGAUGGCUUCUUCCGGGCCCAGACUGAUCCCCUUAAAGGACCCUGCUCAGGCCUCCCCUCCGCCCCGCAAGACCUCAUGGCCACUACCACCCAGCUCUCCGCUGGAAAACUCCUCCUCUCCUGGAGCCCACCCGAAGACACCGGGGGUCGAACCGACAUCACCUAUAGUGUUGAAUGCCAGCGCUGCGAAGGCAUUGUCUGCCAGCCUUGUGGAGAGAAAAUCCGCUAUGAGCCAGCCAGUGUGGGCUUGACUGCCACUAAGGUGUCAGUGAGUGAGCUGGAUGCUCACCUCAACUACACCUUCACUGUAGAGGCACAUAGCGGCGUGUCGCAGUUUGCUAGUCAGGCAUUACCUCGGGCUACUAGACCACGAUCCACCAGCACUCUGACUACAUCUCUGCACUACACAGAUCCCCCCAAGAUUACUGCUAUGCGACUGGUUGAGAGGACCCCCACCAGCUUGUCCCUUUCCUGGGAUGUUUCCCCACGACCAUGGGUCCAAAAUCGGCCCGUCCGAUAUGAACUUACCUAUCGCAAGAAGGAUGAUAACCUGGAUGUGACUACCUACAUAGUGCUUAUACGCAACAAGACCUCUGUACACAUCAGUGACCUCGUUCCGGGCACAGCCUACCUGUUCCGGGUGCAGGCCCUUAACAGCGACAGCACCCCUGGAGGCUCAAGCGUGGAGGAACAGUUUGAGACCUCCUCUGAAGCAGGCAUCACUCAAAACAACACAGCAGUCAUCUUUAGUGCAGCAAUUGGAGGAGCGGUCAUGUUGUUCAUCGUGGUCGUGGUUCUGUUCAUACGCAGACGGAAGAGAAACCCUCACACCAGGCAAGGACCAGAGGACACCUACUUUUCCAGUUCAGAGCAACUAAAGCCUCUGAAGACCUAUGUGGAUCCACAUACUUACGAGGACCCCAACAUAGCUGUGCUUAAAUUUGCCACUGAAAUCCACCCCAGCCACAUAACCAAACAGAAAGUCAUUGGAGCUGGGGAGUUUGGCGAGGUGUACCGUGGUAUUCUGAAGGUGCCAGGGAGAAAAGAGGUGGCGGUGGCUAUCAAGACACUGAAGCCAGGCUACACAGAGAAACAGAGGCAGGACUUUCUGAGUGAAGCCUCCAUCAUGGGCCAGUUCUCCCAUCAGAACAUCAUUCGUCUGGAGGGUGUGGUCACCAAAUGUAAGGAUUUCUUUAAACAUGCCAUGAUCGUGACUGAAUACAUGGAGAAUGGAGCACUGGAUAGGUACCUCAGGGACCAUGAUGGGGAGUUUUCCUCCUUCCAGCUGGUGGGCAUGCUGCGUGGCAUUGCUGCGGGCAUGAAGUACCUCUCUGACAUGAGCUACGUCCACCGUGACCUGGCUGCCCGCAACAUCCUUGUCAACAACACCCUGGAGUGUAAAGUGUCAGACUUCGGCCUGUCCCGGGUGCUGGAGGACGAUCCUGAGGGGACGUACACCACAAGUGGAGGUAAGAUCCCCAUUCGCUGGACAGCUCCAGAGGCAAUAGCAUACAGGAAGUUCACCUCAGCCAGUGAUGUGUGGAGCUUUGGCAUCGUCAUGUGGGAGGUCAUGGCUUUUGGUGAAAGGCCUUACUGGGACAUGAGUAACCACGAGGUGAUGAAGGCUAUCAACGAGGCGUUUAGGCUGCCGGCGCCAAUGGACUGCCCCUCGGCUGUGUAUCAGCUGAUGCUGCAGUGUUGGCUUCAGGAUCGCUCCAAGAGGCCACGUUUCGGAGACAUUGUCAGCCUGCUGGACAAGCUGCUGCGGAGCCCAGACUCCCUGAAGACCAUUGCAGACUUUGACCCACGCGUAUCCAUCCGCCUGCCCAGCACCAGCGGCUCGGACGGUUCCCCAUUCAGGUCUGUGUCUGAGUGGCUAGAGUCCAUCAAGAUGAGCCAGUACAGUGAGAACUUCACCUGCGCUGGGAUCGUCACCAUGGACCAGGUCCUUCAGAUGAAGAACGAGGAUAUUAAGAACAUCGGUGUGAGGCUCCCUGGCCAUUUGAAAAGAAUUGCCUACAGCAUCUUGGGUUUAAAGGACCAGACUAGCACCCUGAGUGUGUUUGCAGUGUGAUCCUGACAACGAAGAGAAUUAAAAUCGGGCACUGAAGCAGGCAGCGCUUUGAACUCUAAGCUGAGCUGGAGCGAAACUGCAAGGACGGCAUUGGAUCGGCAGAACCAAGAGAAAUGUCAUGCCAUCCUUUGGGGCCGACUGAAUCAGACUGUUUUACUGUACAUUUUUCAUUUCUUCAUCUUAUUCACACGGGAAUGGAGCAAAUAUACAGCAAAAGAUGUAUCAAUUAGACUCUGUAUAUUUAGAUAUCUAUUUUUAUUAUCCAUGUCUUCUGUACAGAUACAAUUCAUUGCUCAUGCAUUUAUUUUUUUGUUCUUCAUUUCGCAUUCCAGCUUCAUAAAAAUCAACAAUCAAGCCAGUUCUGGGAACAGCUUCAACUAUAAAAUUGCACCCUGAGCUUGUUGCAUCCAGUGUCAAACAAACAAGGGAAGUGCAGUUAAGUGUGAUAGUAUGGGAGCAGUGGAAUCCAGUCCCGGCUCAGUUUGUGGUUGGUGCUGAUGUCACGGCGUCUCCCUUUAAUUGGCACUUUGGUCCAUUUCCUUUUAGACCAAUGAGGAUGGAGCGCCGAGAGGGCUGAAAUGAGCUUGAGCUGGCCCAAAGUUAAAGACACGGUGUUGCUUAGUUGUGUAAACACAGACCGACCAGGUGUUGUUAUUGGCCUUCUGUUGGCUCCAGGCUGAAAUUAAGCUAUAAUCAUCAUCAAGUGAUGUUAGAGCAUAUAUGAGGUACUCUUUGUGUACAGAUACACUUUUUUUUUCUUUGUGUUUGGGCGAUUACCAAAAAUAUUGGGAUUAAGAAUUUAUAAUGUAGCACUUGGAUCAAGAAUCACGUGAUCUUGGUUUGUCUCAGAAUUGCAAGAAAAACGGUGACCACACACACAAACUCCUGAACUAACAGAAAUCAAAGUGAGAAAUUGUGUAAAUUAAGGAAGUUUCAAUUAGAGUGCAGUACAUCUGUUUGUAGCGUGCCGGUAAUGAAGAGGGAGAUAGUGAAGUUUGCCAAAAUGCACAUUAAAACCCCCCAACGAAAAAAAUAACAAAAACAAAAAACAAGACUUCAUGAUGAUAAAUGUUUUGUGGUUGAAAUGAUUUCAUACUUAAUAAUAGUUUGGUUUGAAAUUUCAAUGUCUCAUUAAGUUUUGAAAAUAUGCAUUCAUAUUUCUGUUGGUUUGAGUAGCAUGAUGUUGACGGGAUUAAACUAAACUAUAAAUUAAACUAUAUGCUUUGACAAUUACGCUUGUUCUAGACAUUUAAAGACAUUUUGAAGUGCCUGUUUGUGGGAGCGGGAGUUUGCUUCUGUGUGUUUUAAUGAAGCUCUCCAGUGUAGUGGGAAGUGUGUAUUGGUCAGUUUCCCCCAGUGCUCUUCUUUGAAUUGAUGACUGCAAAUCAUUGUGUUACUGAUGUGCACCUUCCUUUACUUGAAAUUUUACUGUCUUUUCAAAUGUAUCUAUAAUUCUGUUGUAGCUGAUAGACCCAUCUUUGGAAAAGGGAUUUUGUGUUGUUAUUACUCUGGUUUACUGGUUGCAAUUACACUUUUGUACAUUUUUGUAUGAUUUCACUAUUUGCCAUAUUACCAAACUGAUUGUUUUUUUUUCCCAUCACUUUCCUCCAAAGCUAUGUCUCCUGCUUUUGCUGUGUUUCCAAACAUUUUGAGAGUUCCUUCAUCAAAGCGCAAACUCCUUCCCUUUUGCCUGUUGUUUUAUACUGUAUUUAAUAGUCUAUUUAUUUUUUACUUUUAUUUAUUUAUCCUGAUAAACACUGAGCUGGGAUUAUAACUGAAGGUUGCGCUCUCAUUCUCAAUAAUAAAAAAAAAAGCUCUAAUGUCCCUCUUUUAAUCCUGAAUUAUUCAAACCGGAGACUGCCUUCACUGCAUUUGUUGGAGCAAUAAAGUCUUAAAUCUG